CCUCCUUGUACAUUGCGCUAGUGUCGCUAUAUAAGUGGUCAAAUGCGCCCAUGGGAGUCGACCCAGCCUGUAUUUCGUGGUUUUUAUUCUAUUUAAAUAGAAACGGGUUAUACAAUGGUUAGAGAACUUGCUGCAAAUAAUUCCACGUGUAAUUAUCUCCUUAAAGAAUUACAAGAUUGUUAUGACAAGUAUCCGGUUAGAAAGCACUUUGGAUUUUGUUCACCUAUAUUUAUCGAAUUACAACGAUGCAUUGAAAUACAGCAAGAAGCUCGAAAAGAAGAAAGUUUAAAACGCUCUAAAGAAUUUCGAGAAAAGAUUCGAGCGAGUACUAAAGAAAGAAACGCCUAACUUCCAUUCUCGAAACAAACUCUUUAGAGUUUUUAAGCAAAUAAUUCAACGGUGCAGAUAUACAGGAAGUAACGAAUUUAAAUCAAAUAUGGAAGAACCAAUAAACAAAAGGAUGAAGCUCACUCUUGAUUUAGAAAACAAUCCUCCCGAAGAUACAAAGACGGGAGAAGAUUCCCUGGCCGAUUCAGAGGACAUACUUUCUGAAGCGAAAAUAGCAGCAGAGGAAUCGAAGAUUAAUCUUCAGGACGAUGGGUCCAUGUUUCCAUUCCCGAAGGACGAAGACUCGUCCGAAAUGUUAGAAGGAGUGGAUUUCACCAAUAAAUGGCCUUGUGUAACCGAUCGAUACUUUACUCCCUUUUACAAAAUUGACGUGCAAACACCCGAAGAUGACAUUUGCAUUCGCAUCCACACAAAUCGGAUCUGCAUGAUUUCCCUGGCUCCGAGUCACUCGAUUUUGCAAGAAAACAAGCAAGUUUCGAAUGUCAACUUCCGGGUAAGCGAGAAACUCGACAGGACGAAGAAUAAAGUCAAAGGUAAAGGAAAACAUGGAGCACAGCCUAUGCAGGAAAACUCAAACAUUUGUGCGAUAACCUGCACCGAUGGGAAAACGCACAUGAUUAAGUGCUGCAUGAUCGGGAAGCUGGUGGAAGUGAACGAGUCACUGGCGACGAAUCCAUCACUUUUGAAAGAGCCACCCCAUAAAGGUGGAUACCUCGCGAUCGUGCUGCCAAAUAUCAAACUAGUCGACGAUAUGAGGAUGAAAUUACUGACGCAGGAGGGCUACGAAGCCGCUAUAGAGCAGCGAAAAGCAAAAUUUAAAGUACCGGAACGGAAGGAGGAACCAGUUCUAUAAAUUAUAGUCGAAGGUUGAAGAAUGUAAAUAGAGUUCAAAACAGUUACAAGAGUUUAAAUAUUCUGUUUUCUGACAUUGCUAAUUAGAAAUAUAGACAUUAAGAAUUAUAUGCUUUCUUUUUUAACCCGAAUGUUUUCUAUACAUUAUUCACAGACCAACAGUGUACAACUUGAAAAAAAAA